AUAUCUAUUACCUGUCAUAGUCAAUCAUAAGUAUCAAAACAAAUUUUAUUAUGUUAUAAAAAAAUUUUAGUGUUUUUAUCAAAAUACAAUAGUCCAUUUUUAUACAUAGAACUACGAAAUACAACAAGUUAUACAAAAUAAUCACAAUACCAGUACCCAGUUAACGUAACAUAUUUAAAUGAAAAAAUAAUGAUGUCUUUCGAAGGAAAACAUAUCAGAUACUAUAAUGAACAAGAUAAAUUGGACGCUACAUACAAACCAGAAACGAAGGACAGCCAAACCGAAUCACCUUUACAUAUUGAUCAUGAUAUUUCAUAUCUAACUGACAACGUUUACAACGAAAAAGAAAAACUAAAUUACAUAGAAGACCGCAUACCAGAUUAUAUCAAUGUUUAUUAUCAUACAAUAUUAAAAUAUAACACAGAAAAACUUAAUGAGUAUGCUGUAGGUGAUUUGCCAUUAGCAGAAGAAUCAACAAGUGAACCAAAUCUAGAAACAAAAUAUGAGUUAGAAAAAGAGGAAUUAGACGAAGAAGUAGAGGAAAAAGAGAAAGUGGAGGUGUGUAUUAAUAGAGAUAUUGUUGAUCUCGAAGAUCAGAUUAAAGAAGAAUACGAAAAAUUAGGUCAAAACGAUAUAGCAUUGUUUAAGCUAAAACAAGAAGAGACUGAUAAUUUAAACACAAGCGACUACCAGAAAACCGACUCAGUAAAACGAAGAAAUAGCACCAUAGAAGUAGUUUAUAGAGAUGAAGAAACAUUUAGGUUAAGAAAACAAGAACUUGAAAUGAAUGACAUUUUAAUCGAUUCACAAAUACUCAAUCAAAAAUUACGACAUGAUCAGAAACACAUCGUAGAAGACUUAAGAAAUUUUCAGUCCAAGUUAUGUGAAACUUUAGAGAAGACAAAAGUUUUUAUUACAGAAAGUUAUGAACACGAAGAAAUAAUUUCAAAAUUAAGAAAACAAUCAAACGAAUUAGCUAAAGAAAUAGAAGAGCUAAGGAAAGAAUUAAUCGAAAAAAGACUUACGUCCAGCAACGCCAAGAGAGAACUUGAAAAUUUUGAAGUCGCUUUAGAACGCGUCUCAAACGCAUUUGACAACAAAAGAAAUGAAGCCUAUAUUUUAAUGAAAAAAUUAGAAAAUUUGCAAGAUGUCUUAAGUAAUCUCCAAACUAAUAGAAAAGUAUUUGUGUACAACGAAGCAGAUAAAAUAUUAAGAAAAUAUUGUUAAAUUGAAAUAAAAUCAGCUAAAAUAAAUGUUAAUCAGCUAA